GAGGUGGCGCUUGCUCGCGACCAACCUCUUUAGCCGCUCGCGCGGCGUUCGAACUUUUCCGGGGAACGGGUCCAGCGCGAGAGCCGUAUGACGCACCCCGCUAGGUGGGGCUAAUAGAGGCCAGAGGUGGGGUCUGUGGGCCGGCUGAGGCGGGAGACCUGCGAUGGAGGUGUCGGUUAAGCUGAACGGGUUCAGCCGCUGGAUGGGAGACCACGUGUCGGUGGAGGUCUGGGGCUCUCUGCGCUUCAGCUGACGGAGUGCAGCCAGGAGCGGCGAAACGCGGCACGACCGCACUGUUGACCUCCGUGUACAAAUAGGUCUAGGCAUGUAACACUUCAAUUAUCUGGAGCUUCUAAACUGAAUCUUAAAGCUGUAGGACAGCUGAUCACAGAAUACCUAUGAAUUCAUCAUUACCACUCUCCGCUUCACCCCAGAAUCCUAGCACAGACCUUGAGAACAGCACCAUUCAGAAACAGAGGAAAGAACUCCAGCUGUUAAUAGCAGAACUGAAAGAUCGUGAUAAGGAGCUCAAUGACAUGGUUGCAGUACAUCAGAGACAGCUGCUAGCAUGGGAAGAUGAUCGACAAAAAAUACUGACUCUGGCAGAACGAUGUAGCAGGCUAGAAAAUGAACUACACAAAAGAAAUGAGAUGAUAAGAACACUAACACAAAGAUUAAAGGUCUUAGAAUCUCAGCAGAAUGAUCGUAGGACAACACUUGAAAAUACUCAACAGAAGCUUCAGGAGCUGUCUCAAAAAGCAACAGAUGCAACUCUUCAUUGUCAGGCCCUGGAGGAGAAAAAUCAAAGUCUCAACUGUUCAGUGUUGGAGCUGUCGGCUAAAAUAGGCCAGUUACAAGCUAGAGAACAGGAACUCAUUACGAUGCUAAAGCUAAAGGACAAAGAUAUACUUGAAGCAACCAAUCACAUUACUGCAUUUACAUCUAAAUUUAAAAAGUUGGAAAGUGCAUUGCGUGCAGCUAAGAUGGGGGAAUCCAGUAUCAAUAAAGAAAAGCAGGAUUUCAAACUGAGACUGAAACAACUAACAUUUGAAAUGAAUAAAUUAAAAGAUGACCUCAGUGAAAAGACGAAAGAAAAUAAUGAGCAGCGUGAAGAAAUCAUACGCCUCAAACAAGAAAACAACUACUUGAAGAAUGAGCUCGUACUUAAUGUUGAGAAAGCAAAUAGACAAGAUCAACUUCUUCAAUCUGCCAAAUCUAAACAAGUCCGGACCAACACAGAACUGUCCAAUUUGCGGCAGAUCUAUGUAAAACAGCAGCAGGAUCUGCAAUUUCUUCAUUUCAACUUGGAGAGUUCUCAAGAAUUAUGGCAGAAACACAAGGGGGAGGCACACAAAACAAAGAAAUAUCUUAAUUUUAUUGACAGUGAAGAACAUGUGGAUCUGAAUUCCUUUUACUUGGACUCUCCCUGUUUGACGUCCACACAGAAGAGAGAUGGGCCCCAGAAAUGUGAGAGAUUCUUCGAUGCAGACCUCCCUUCAGAGAUCAGUAACUUAUCAGUGAUUCAGUCAGCAAAUAAGUGCACCAGUCCUACAGACUCCUGUUCACCAACAAGUAAGCUCCAGCGUUUGCUGGCUGAGUCUCGACAGAUGGUUGCUGAUCUGGAGCUUAGCACGCUGCUCCACAUUAGCCCCUGUUGCAGUUCCGACAGCAGCAGUGUUAAUAUGACAACAGAACUUACAGAAGCUCUUUGCAAAGUGCAACUGCCAGCUAUGGAAGAAAGUGAGACAAAACUUUCACUGUUUCCUUUAUGAUCUUGAAUUCCUUGGAUGUUAUCUGGAAGAAACAAAGAUGACAUCCUUACUAUCUGGCAAGAACAAAGAAGAUGUCCUUCAGUUUUCAAAAUGUAUUUUAAUUAAUAUCAUUACCACAUAUAAGCUACAAUGAACAGUUACUAACUAACUAAAUGAACAGUUAUUUGGUCAUACCUCUCAUGAAUGUUUGAAAAUUUUGCAAGUGCCAAAAAGAUGUGACUGUAUGCUGGAAUGUAUUCUAUAUUUGUGAAUAAUAACUUAGAAUUAUGCUAAGAUGAAAAACUGCUUUUUUUAUAGAUCAGUACUCAGGUUAAAUGCUAGUUUGUUUUUAAAGUAAGAAUAUAAAAUGCGUAAUUGUUUACUCCAUAAAGGUGACAUAUUUUUUUAAAUAUAGAACUGUUUUUAUUACUACUGCCAUAGUUGUGCAUAUUUGGUAUUUACAAUGUAUAACAGCAAAGUGUUAACUCCUGUUUGUCCAUUGUUAUAGUUCUGGACAUUUUGCCAUGUAAAUAGAUAUGAAUAAUGUUUAUAAGAAGCUGCUAAUUAGUGAAGUAACCAGGGUAUACCUCCUACAUUGCUGAAAUUUACAAAACCCUUCACCCACAAGAUGGGCAAAAUAACUCUUCCCCAGUCAUGAGCUAUUUAUUCUAACACAAGCUCUUAUAAGAUCAUGCGUUGAUAUGGAUGUUUUUAGCAGUAUAUGACAUGGAUUUAAUGUGUAGUCUUUUUAAAUAUUUUAACUAUGCCUUGUGUAUCUGUGACCAUCAGAAAAGUAGAAACGACUCAUUAUUGCAUUUGAAAAUAUUUUUAACCAAAAAAAAAGGCCAUACAACCUAAUAAAUACCAUUUUUUCACUUCUUAA